AUGACAGUCACCAGCACCAUUACCGUUCCACCUGGUUUACCUGCGGAGAUCAAUAUCACCCGUCUUAUCGUAGAUGGUGGUGCACACGAUCGAGAGUGGGAUACGUAUGAUGAGGUGAGACGUUACACGAACGCGUUCGUGUGGGAUGAAAAACACGCGAAACCUGGCGAGUCGCCACUCGAUGCGGCAAAAAGAGAACUCAAAGAAGAGGCAGUGAUCGAAGCACCGCUAGUGCACGCCGCAAUACUCUUCUUCAAGUCUUCCUCUCUAAACUAUGCGCAUCACAUCGAUGUGUUUCGCGCGAACACGUGGGAUGGCACGCCUUCAGAAACCGAGGAAAUGCGCCCCGAGUGGUUUUCCACAAACCUCGACAGAUCCUCCAGUUCGCCCUCUACCUCCACUUCUAACCCUUCUGCGGUCCCAACACCUACACCCAACACCUCACCCGAAACAAGCCUUCUUCCUGGGGUUCCCUAUGACCAAAUGUGGGCAGACGACAGGAUUUGGCUCCCUCUAUUACUCGCAAAAACUCCAUUUAUUGGUCGAGUCGAUUUUGGCGAGUUGAACGAUAAGACGGGAGAAGAAGCUAUUAGUGAACCUAUGGUAAAGUGGUGGUUUGCUUCUGUUGAUGGGUUAUGAGCGAGAAGGGCCAGCUUGGACGCCACACUAAUGGGCGGAAGUCAUAGACAAUGUGCAAUCAGUGUUCCCCGUCGACACCCUUACAUGAGUUGCACUCGCAGUGUUUCUCGCAUGGAUUUUCAUCCCGUGUUACAUGAAUGGAUAGUCAACCACUCGAAACUCCAACCUGCUACACCUAUGCGGCGUACAGCCCUUUUAUGGUGACAGGCCAGAGAUAAGGCAACUUUCGUCUAUGCGUUGGGUCAUUUACUGCGGAGGUCGUUCGAAAGACCAGGUGAUUUCAAUGUCGUCACGAAUAUGUGUUGCUUUUGUCAAACUACGAAAAAUAGGGCUUUGCAAGCUCAACGAAGUGAGAUGCA